CCUCGAGCGAAUCGUCGCAUGAGGGUUUGGCGGCUAGCUCCAGUACGUCUCGUGGAAGAAACCCUCGUCAUUGGCGGCGGCUUGUUCCACUUAGGGCGAUUAGAUCUGGCUGUGAUCUCAUCGCCAUUGUUCCACCUCCUACCCACCCCGAGCGGCCUUCUACUCAACGCCCUCACCGCCGACUACUCUGGCUCCGUGCUGCCCGUGCUUUGCCAGCUUCUCGAAUUUAGGUUGCUGAUUUCUGAUCCCCCACUUAAGCGUGACGAAAUCCUGGUGAUCCAUGCCUCCACGGCUCCACCCAAUCAUGAUCUGUAAGGGACGGAAAUAUGAGUUCGUCCUAUCGGCGAUGGAGAUCCACCACCUGUUGAUUCUGCACCCGUCGUCGCUGACGAGAUGUUUCCACGAAGACGGAGUACACUGGCUGGUUGAACACCUUCUCCCCAAGUCGAUGUUGUUUCAGGUUGAGUACGCCAUUGAGGCCAUAAAGUUGGGCUCGACCACGGUCAGGUUGAAGACUAAGGAUGGUGUUGUCCUAGCCGGUGAGGAACGUGUGACCUCAUCGCUGCUGUUGCAAACCUUUCUGACUGAACGAGGGCUGGACUAACGACACGAGCUUCAUCCGCUGCAAAUGGAGGAGAUGAAUUAGAGAGAAUCCAUGGUCGUGCUUUCCUCCUGCCAUUAUACUCUAUUUACUCAUCCACCCCCUGUUUGAGGUAAUACUUAUAUCGUACUCCUUCUUUGUGUUCAAUUGUAUCUAAUUGUAGUUGUUAAUCUUGCCUCUAUGUGUGAGGGAUCAAUUUAGUUUACAUGGCCCCAACCGCAUAUACGUCAACAAUCUCUCGCCGAAGAAAUGCAGCCAGUACGUGAUGGGAGAGAGUACACAGACCAGUACACCAUUGGCAACCACAUCUAGCCGUCUUCACCACUCCAAGGACUGGUACUUACGCAUGCCACAACGUGGUGCUACGUUGGCGGGCUUGCGGCCAUGUUCCUCGACCUUUGCAUUACCGUAUCUGUCGCAUCGUGUUCUUGCCGUCCGCACUCAACCUUUGCAUUACCGUAUGCUCAGCUAGGCAUUGGCGGGCUGGCGGCUGGCCAUUGUGUCUCUAUGUCAUCAUCUUUUCUGAUAUCAUCAUGAAAUAUUCAGGCAACUACCAAAUGUGAUUAACGAUGGAAGAACAAAGAACUGAAGUAUUGAACUAUAUGUUCUCAAACUUGGAGGAGAAAACACCGAAUCUUCAUCAGUGCUGGACUACAGGUUUGCAUAAACAUCAUUUAAAAGUGACUGCAAAAAGGUCAUAAAAAGUCUCUGGAAUUUUUUGGUUUCCUUUUUUGGACUUAAGUUUUGGGUGCAAACCUUUUCGUGGUUCCAUCAUGAAAGUUGGGACUUGGCAGUAAGAAACAGCACCUAGCUUAGCAUGUGCAUAUGAUUUCUCUUUAUUAGUCCUUCUGUAUGGUAACACAUCCAUCCACAUGUAGUUUGAGGUUUUUUUUUGUGUCAAGCAAGUAGUUUGAAUGUACAAUAUGGAUUAGCACGAACAGAACGCGGGUUGCUCUGCUCCAAUUUUUGCAGUCUUAUAUGUCACUUAAUGUUUUUGGUUUUCCAUUUUUUCAUACAAUUAAUGGAAACUUGGGGUUAGCAGGAAUUAAAAAGGCUAACAUUUAUGUAAUUAGUUAUUAGUAAAAAAAAUUAGUUAGCAUUACUAUGUCUUCCCAUCAGUAUUGAUCUUUUAUUCUUCUUUUCCUAUUUAGGUUAUGAUAAAAUCUGGUUGACAUAUUCAUUUUUUUCUGAAUCGUGUGACUCUACGGUGCAGAUCUGGUGCACACUAGAUUUCACACAAGUCUAGAAGAACAAGGUACAAAAGGGACAUGUAAGUUCCUCACAGCAGUAAAGCGGGUGCAAAAUUUGGCUCCCUAAUAGUUUUCCAAGAAAACAUGAAAUGUUUGAAGUGUAUACCAUGUUUCAAAACUUACGGUCCCAACAAUCGUUUCAUGGUUUAAAGUCUUAGGUCUGCAAGUGUUACUGUAAGUGAUUGUGGUUAUUUGUAGACUUUCUUCUCUCUACGGUUGCCAAGGAUGAGUAAUCAAAACGGGUGUGCUUUUUUAUGUUUGCAUUGAAAAGCACAGGUCAAUACAUUUGGAUAAAUUGAGAUUUUUUUUUCCUUCA